UUUGAAAUUUAAAAUUACAAAAAAAGAGAGAGAGAGAGAGAGAGAGAGUCAGACAUGGAGGCGUGAAGAAGACUACAGGAGGCCAUUUCUCUGUUUCUCUCUCUACGCUCUCAAUCGCCUCUGUCUGCGCCUCUCUGUCCUCAAACAAAGCCCAACAUUCGUCGAACUUCUCUUUUUGAACUUUUUCACACCCAAAAUCAAAACCCCAUCAAACCCAAAGCCACUCAACUCAAACCAAAUCAAACCCAUUUCCUUUUUCCUCUUUAUUCAAAUGUUUGUUUCUUCCUCCAUCCCUUUACGCUUCGCAUCUCUCUCUCUUCUCCCUUCUGCAACACAUAGUUAACUCUGUAACCAAAAUAAGCAAUACCAAGCUUUGUUGUUUAUCUACACAAUAACUUGGGUCUGAUUUGGCUCUGUUUUCAUGGCCCUUCGCCCUUUCUUCUGCUGUGGAUUUGGUUCGGAUCGGAAAGAAAGAGGGAAGAAACAGCAAACAUGGAGGGUCUUUUCGUUGAAGGAAUUGCACUCGGCUACAAAUAAUUUUAAUUAUGAUAACAAGCUUGGAGAAGGAGGAUUUGGUAGCGUUUACUGGGGUCAGCUAUGGGAUGGAUCACAAAUUGCAGUUAAGAGGUUGAAGGUCUGGAGCAACAAAGCAGACAUGGAAUUCUCUGUGGAAGUUGAGAUACUGGCCCGAGUUAGGCACAAGAAUCUAUUGAGUUUACGAGGCUACUGUGCUGAGGGGCAAGAGCGCUUGAUCGUGUACGACUACAUGCCUAAUCUAAGUCUACUCUCCCAUCUACAUGGACAUCACUCAUCAGAAUGCCACCUUGAUUGGAAACGUCGUAUGAAAAUCGCUAUUGGGUCUGCCGAGGGAAUCGCCUAUCUUCACCACCAAGCAACUCCGCAUAUAAUUCAUCGAGACAUCAAAGCUAGUAAUGUUUUGCUGGAUCCAGAUUUCCAAGCUCGUGUAGCUGACUUUGGAUUCGCAAAACUUAUCCCUGAUGGUGCAACACAUGUAACUACAAGAGUCAAGGGCACACUCGGAUACCUUGCUCCUGAAUAUGCCAUGUUAGGUAAGGCAUCAGAGAGUUGUGAUGUAUACAGCUUUGGCAUUCUCCUGCUCGAGCUUGCAACUGGCAAGAAGCCUCUUGAGAAAUUGAGUUCAACAAUUAAACGCACAAUCAUAGAUUGGGCUCUACCGAUUGUAGUUGAGAAAAAAUUUGACGAACUUGCAGACCCGAAGCUAAAUGGAGACUACAAUGUAGACGAACUAAAGAGAGUCAUCCUUGUUGCACUCUGUUGUUCCCAUUCACGAUCUGAGAAACGACCGACCAUGAUUGAGGUGGUUGAGCUGCUAAAAGGAGAAUCAAAAGAGAAGCUAGCCAAAUUAGAAGAUGAUGAGCUGUUCAAGAGCCAUCAAGUAGCUGCACAAACUACAGAAAUACAGGCUGGUGAAGAAAGCUCAGACUUCAUAUCAGAAGAAAAAGAUUCAAAAGAGAAGGUGAUAGAAAAUUCAACACAAAACCCCACAUGAGAGUAGUAGCUGAGUCUACUAGCUUAGAAAGAAAUUUCAGACAGCUUCUUUCUUUCUUCUAUUAUUUUUAUUUUCCUUUUUCUUUUGGGAAGUUGUGGGUUGGUUAUACAGUAGUUCAAGUUCCAGGUUAGCUCUGGCUGUCCUUUACAAAGCAUGCCAGGGUGGUGAUUGCCUAUUGAUUCUCAAGCAUUGUUUUAUGAGUGCAGCUGAGAUUGUAUGAUUUGUGGUUGCCCUUUCAGACUCUUUUUUGGGGGUUCCAAUUUAUGUUUGGAUAUAUAUACAUAUUGUAAGUGGCAUCAAACUGUAUCCAACCUGGUGGUUCUCUCUUUGUAUGUACAGGCUACUUUUUGUUUUCAUUUUGUUGUUUUAGUAGGAGGGAGAAGAUUCUUUACA